CUCAAUGAAACAAACCCACCAACCAAGAUGGUUCUUCUCCAACUCGAUGAGGCCAGAACGUUUAAGCUGCUUAGACUCAGCUUUGACGUCGGCUCUGUCAUCUCACACACACACACACACCCUUCCUCGUCUGUCCUGCGUCCUUCCCAGCACAGGAGGACUGUGUUCGUGUUCGCUGAGCUGGAAUUUUGCAAACGAGGACUUUCUUCACCUACUUCUUUAAUAUUCACAUCUGCGCAAACAUGACGAUUAGAACAGUCCGUCCCGAUCGGGUGCAACACAUCCGCUGCCAGAUGCACUGCCUCAAAAAGCUGGACGUCAUGGUGGUGGAGAUGCAGGACCCGAAGAGCGGAGUCAGAGGCUCUGAGCAGAAACUAAACGUCACCAGUAUCCCACACGUCAUCACUGGUCAUGACGUCAUUGCAUGGAUUUCCACCAAGAUGAAGACGACGACAGAAGAGGCUCAGGCCUUCGGCACCAUGUUGGUGGCCUACGGCUACAUCUACCCCCUGCUGAACCACAAGAAGCUGGUGAUGUGCAACGACACCAGCCUCUACCGCUUCCAGACCCCCUACUUCUGGCCUACACACCAGUGGGUGGCAGAGGACUCUGACUACGCCAUUUAUCUGGCGAAGAAGAACAUCCGCAAGAAAGGCGUGUUGGAACCCUUCGAACAGGCUCAUUACAACCACCUCCACGACUGGCUGAACCACAAAUGGGACUUUGUUGUGAUGCAGGCGACUGAGCAGCACAAGGCUGGUAAAGAGAGGAAGAAGCCGGACCGCGUGGUGUUCGACUGCCAGGAGCGGGCCUAUUGGGUGGUCAACAGACCCUCGCGACACACUCAUAGCGCCAUGGACUGUGGGCCGGACCGCCUCAUCGACCCGGACGCUCAGAAUCUUUCCUUUGACCACUACAGACGUUUGAACAUGUUCUAUCAACAAGCCAUCAUGAGGUCAAAGGUCAAAUCUAGUGUUUCCCUCGGAGCCCUGGUCAAGUACGUGACCACCUACAAGAACCACGACCCCUUCCUGGCUCCCUGUUUACCCAGCAACCCCUGGCAGACGGACAAUGACACGUACUGGACCCUCAACAUGAGGAGGGUUGAUGUUCCCACGAAGAUGCGAGUCGAGCGCUGGUCCUUCAGUUUGUUUGAGCUGCUCACUGACCUGCGAGGCCGCGACGAUUUCAAGGUGUUCCUCAAGAAGGAGUUCAGUGGGGAGAACCUCGCUUUCUGGGAAGCAGCAGAGGAACUGAAAUGGGGAACAGCAUCGUCCAUGUUGACCAAAGCAGAGACCAUUUUCAAGACUUUCCUGGCGCCCGGGGCCCCGCGCUGGAUCAACAUCGACGGCAGGACCAUGGGUCUGACGGUUAAAGGCCUGGAGCAUCCGCACCGCUACGUACUGGAGGCAGCUCAAACACACGUCUUCCUGCUCAUGAAGAAGGAUACGUUCUUCCGUUACCUAAAGUCUCCGGUCUACAAAGACAUGCAGAAGAAGGCGCUGAGCCCUGAGGCUCACAGCUUCAGUCCGGCCCAGCUGGAGCAGAACGCUCAAAGGCGAAACCCAGGCAUCCAUCCUAUAAUUCUGUGGCAGCAAGAGGAGGCAGAGAAAGCCAAAGCGGCUGCUGCUUCAGCUCCCGUGGACGUCAAGGCUGUGAUGAGCAAAAUAGACAGGAAGAAGUAGGGACAGACGUGUUUGAACUCCACUGAACCCACAUCUUAGAAUCCUAGUCUUUUUAGACGCAUGUGUCUGGUUUUGUCUUUAUUCUAAUGCGGAAUAUUUGAGAAAAUUAUCUGUCGACACCCAGAGUUAAAGCACAGGUAGUCAUCAAAAGACUGUGUUGCAUUAGGGCAGGGUGACAUAAGACAUGUAAUUAACUAUAUAUCAUAUCAAAAAGACUCCAAGGUUGGGCCCUACAGAGUCAUACAGGAAGCACAAGGAGCCGCUGGAGAGGAGAAACCUGAGGAACAGAAGCGUAAACAUUCAGGGUUUGCGAUUCCUGGACCCAAAUACAAACUGGGGAACAGGAAACUGUCUGUGAAUGAAUUUAUUAAACCAAUAAAAUGAGACGUAUAGCUGG